AUGUGGUUCAUUCUGUAUAUUUCUCUAUACUUGCUCACUGACUGUAUCUCUGCAGAUUCAGUCCUCAGAUCAGACACAUGUCAGCUCCAGAGACGCUUCAGGCUGAAUGGGGUGUAUCAGGAUGGAGAUGUUAUACUUGGAGGCCUGUUUGAAGUUCACUUUUUCACAGUAUUCCCAGAGCUGAGCUUCAGAACAGAACCAGAGGAACCAUAUUGUGAAAUAUUUAAUAUGGAAAGCUUCCAGCAUGCACAGACCAUGGCUUUUGCAAUAAAUGAGAUCAAUAAGAAUCCCAAUCUGCUGCCCAAUAUCACUCUUGGUUACCAUCUUUAUGACAACUGUGUGAUGCUAGGAAUGGCAUUCCGAGCUGCCAUAUCCCUAGUUAGUGGGACAGAAAAGUCAUCCUCUAACCUUAAUUGUACUGGCCCUCCUCCGGUGAUUGGGAUUGUGGGGGAUCCAAGUUCAACUCCAUCCAUUGCGAUUUCCAGUGUUCUGGGGCUGUUUCGAGUACCUAUAGUCAGUCACUACGCCACCUGCUCCUGUUUGAGUGACAGGAAAAAGUACCCCUCUUUCUUCAGAACAAUCCCUAGUGAUGCCUUCCAGGUGCAAGCCAUGAUUCAGAUCUUGAAGCAUUUUGGAUGGACAUGGGUUGGUCUCCUCUACAGUGAUGAUGACUAUGGUAUCUACGCUGCUCAGUCCUUCCAUCAGGAAAUGCAGCUAUCUGGACAUUGUGUUGCUUUUUCUGAAAUUCUGCCCUAUGAUAACAACCCGAGAUAUACUCAGCAUAUAACAGGAGUGAUUCAGGCCUCUACAGCUAGAGUGGUUGUUGUUUUUUCCCCUGCAUCCUUAGUAAUACCUUUGAUGGAAGGCGUGGUGUUGCUGAACAUAACAGGCAGACAAUGGAUUGCGAGUGAAUCUUGGGCUACUUCACUUGUGUUUCACACUCCACGUUUCCUGCCUUUCCUUGGGGGCACACUAGGCAUUGCUAUCAGACGUGGGGAGAUUGAGGGUCUUCAUGACUUUCUGUUACAGCUUCGGACCAACAGUGAUCCAAGAAAUAAUAUGUUGAGGAUCUUCUGGGAGAACAUGUUUGGGUGCAGUUUUGAAACUAGGGAUAAAGAGACUGAUGGAGAGCAAGUGAAAAAGGUGUGUACAGGAGAGGAGGAUCUGAGCACCACAAACACACCAUACACUGAUGUGUCAGAGUUGAGAGCAGCUUAUAAUGUCUAUAAGGCAGUUUAUGCUCUGGCACAUGCACUUCAUGACCUGAUGCAGUGUGAGGUGGGGAGAGGACCAUUCAGUGGGAACAAAUGUGCCGACAUUACCAAUCUAAAACCCUGGCAGCUGGUUCACUACCUACAGAAAGUGAACUUCACCACAGGCUUUGGGGAUCAUGUGUCAUUUGAUAAGAAUGGAGAUGCUCUGGCCAUCUAUGAUGUGCUGAACUGGCAGCCAAGCUCUGAUGGAGCAAUAAGGAUCUACACGGUCGGUGUAGUAAAUGAAGGGGUUGAAACAGGGAUGGUGCUGACACUGGAUGAAGAUGCAAUAUACUGGAACUUUGAAACAAAAAAACCUCCAUGUUCUGUGUGCAGUGAGAGCUGUCCCCCAGGAACCAGACGAGCCACAAGGAAGGGCCUUCCUGUCUGCUGUUUUGACUGCCUGCCAUGUGGAGAUGGAGAGAUUUCUAAUGCAACAGAUGCUAUUGAGUGCAUGGUGUGUCCAGAUGAGUUCUGGUCCAGUCCAAAUAAUGAUCAGUGUGUCCCUAAAGAAGUGGAGUUUCUAUCCUAUGAGGAACCUCUGGGAAUCUCUCUGACCACUGCUUCCCUGCUUGGCACCUGCUCCUGUGUUCUUGUGAUGGUCAUCUUCAUUCAUCACCAUAACACUCCCAUAGUACGUGCCAACAAUUCAGAGCUCAGCUUCCUGCUGCUUUUGUCACUCAAACUGUGUUUCCUGUGUGUGCUGCUGUUCAUUGGCCGGCCACAGUUAUGGACGUGUCAGUUAAGACAUGCAAUGUUUGGCAUUAGUUUUGUCCUGUGUAUCUCCAGCAUCCUGGUCAAGACUAUGGUGGUGAUAGCCGUGUUCAAGGCAUCUCGACCAGAGGGAAAAGGUGCAAUGAAAUGGUUUGGAGCAGCUCAACAAAGAUGCACUGUUCUGGUCCUAACAGCCCUCCAGGUUGUGAUAUGUGCAGUCUGGCUAUCAACUGCCUCUCCAGCACCCUAUAAAAAUAACCUGUAUAUUCGCUCUAUAAUUGUCUAUGAAUGUGCUAUUGGCUCAGCGGCUGUUUUUUCUAUGCUGCUCGGAUACAUUGGACUUUUGGCAGCAGUAAGCUUCCUGUUAGCCUUCCUGGCAAGAAAUCUUCCAGAUAAUUUUAAUGAAGCAAAAUUCAUCACUUUUAGCAUGCUGAUCUUCUGUGCUGUGUGGAUUGCAUUUGUUCCAGCUUAUGUAAGCUCACCAGGGAAAUAUGCAGUGGCUGUGGAGAUUUUUGCCAUUUUAGCUUCUAGUUUUGGAUUACUGGUGGCCAUAUUUGCCCCAAAGUGUUACAUCAUCCUUUUACAUCCAGAGAGAAACACUAAAAAAUACAUAAUGGGAAGACAAACACAAAAUAAAUAG